AUGCCAAGUGACAUGGCAUUGCCACUAUAUCUGUCCCAAGAGGAGUUCGGCUAUAGAACGGCCUCCAAAAACUACCAGCCGCCUCCUGAUUCAUGCCAUAGGUUUGAACACUCACACUGCAAGGAUCAGAUCGAAGCCAGCGAAGAGUCUGUGAUUGAAACCACAGGGAAAGUAAAAAAGCAGGUGACUUUUGCAGAUCACAAAGGACUCUCGUUGACCAUGGUGAAAAUCUUCUCCGAGUUUAAUGAUCAGAUUGACAUUCCGGUGAGCGUCCAAGAAAUGCUGAAUGCUGCCAUCACACAUUCUACCGAGGAGGACCAGUUGGUGCUGGACUUCCCACAGCCCUCCUCAGAUUACCUGCACUUUCGCCAAUGCCUGGAGAACAAUUAUGUGUGUCUGGAGCACUGUGUGUUGAAAGAAAAAGUUCUGGCUGGAACAAUCAAAGUGAAAAAUGUAUCUUUUGAGAAGUCUGUGAAAGUUAGGGCAACCUUUGACUCAUGGAGUAGCCACACAGAUAUCGGAUGCAAAUACUUAAAAGACACAUAUCCAAGCUCCUACAGUGACACGUUCUCUUUUGAAUUCUCAAUCCCUGAGAAUUUGAGGCUGCAUGAGCGCGUAGAAUUUGCUAUCAGCUAUGAAGUUUUAGGCCGUGAGUAUUGGGACAGUAAUGAAGGAAAGAACUAUCGCAUCCUGUGGUCAUCGAUGAAGAAGCGCGAUGAGGACAGUAGCCAUAAAGACUCUUUCGGGUUGCAUUUUGACCGCUAUGGGAGCCCUACCUGCUCUCACGGGAUUUUUCCUGAUUGGCCCAGCUAUGCAGGUUACGAAAACAUCGGCCCGUACUACUAA